GGGCGUAGGCUCGGGCCCCAACGUCCGCACUCCCAGAGCCGCAGGUGUUGAUUUGAGGCUCCUCUCCCGCCUUCCUUCUGCCCACAUCCUGCGGCGCGCGCGGCCCCGGGCCUGUAGAUCCUGCGCCGGGUUUUGUGAUCCGCCCUCAUCCACUGGCCGCACUCCGAGCCACUAGCCGGAGGAUCCGACCCAGGGCCUCAAGGCCCAACGGGGGUUCCCUCCCUUCCUUCUGACUCCAGGCGACCCACCGCUUGGAACCACUCUGCCGCUUACUGGUAUCCUCGCGGAGAAAACAUGCGGCGCCCUUUCCCUGGGGCUUGGCGAUCUGAGCUCCCCGGAGCCAGUAUUCCCAGGGAAACCGAUGCUUCGCGACCGUAGAGCGACCUUCGCCCUCAGGCUCCUAUUUUGUCUUCAAACCUCGGGUUCUGAGGCACCUACUCAGCGAGGCUUGUCCUCACGACGCCAUUCCAAUUAGUCCCCCACUCACUCUCCAUCCCACCACCCUGAUUUAAUGUUCUGCGGGUUAUUUACUCUGUCUUCUGUAUUUGUUUACUGGCUGUCCCUGGAAUGUACGUUCCACCGAGCAGGGACUUUUCCUGGCACGGAACGGGUUUCCCGGAGCCUAGAACAGGGCGCGGACCCAGGAGGCCUGUUUACUUUUGCUGAAAGACUGGCUGCGGCUCUCGGCACUGGAGAGCACCAGAGCCUGGGCCCUGUGGGGGAAGGGCGGGGUUUUUCCUGGCUCCGCCCCGAGCCCUAACCCUCUCCUUAGUCCGUCCGUGCCCGGAGUUCUUCUGGGGCUGAGCCGAAGCUUUGCUUUUACCUCAAGCCUCCCUUCGUUCUCCUGCGGCCACCGCAAAAACCCGGAGCCGCGAAGCCGCGGAGCUACGCCGCCCUCGCGGUACCUCCCUACCAGCCCUCGGCGGCCGCGCUGGGCAUGCUCAGUUGGCAGGACCGCUUCAGCUCGCGGAGUGGGACACUUGAGCGCUAAGGCUGCAAGGAGCCGCGGCUGGGUAAAAUGGAACCUUUUACCAAUGAUCGGCUUCAGCUCCCCAGGAAUAUGAUUGAAAACAGCAUGUUUGAGGAAGAACCAGAUGUGGUGGAUUUAGCCAAAGAGCCUUGUUUACAUCCUCUAGAGCCUGAUGAGGUGGAAUAUGAGCCCCGGGGUUCACGGCUGCUUGUGCGGGGUCUUGGUGAACAUGAGAUGGACGAGGAUGAAGAGGAUUAUGAGUCAUCUGCAAAGCUGCUGGGCAUGUCCUUCAUGAACAGAAGCUCAGGCCUCCGGAACAGUGCAACUGGCUACCGGCAGAGCCCUGACGGGGCUUGCUCAGUACCCUCUGCAAGGACCAUGGUGGUCUGUGCUUUUGUCAUUGUGGUAGCUGUUUCUGUAAUCAUGGUGAUUUACCUAUUGCCCAGAUGUACCUUUACCAAAGAAGGCUGCCACAAAAAAAAUCAGUCAAUGGGGCUAAUUCAACCACUUGCAACAAAUGGGAAGUUGUUUCCCUGGGCACAAAUCAGGCUUCCCACUGCCGUCAUGCCAGCACGCUAUGAACUUAAUUUACACCCAAACCUAACCUCGAUGACUUUCAGGGGUUCUGUGAUGAUCUCAGUUCAGGCUCUUCAGGCCACGUGGAAUAUUAUUCUUCAUAGCACAGGCCAUAAUAUUUCAAGAGUGACCUUUAUGUCAGCAGUUUCAAGUCAAGAAAAACAAGUUGAGGUCCUGGAAUAUCCAUUUCAUGAACAAAUUGCCAUUGUUGCCCCUGAAGCCCUUCUAGAAGGGCACAAUUAUACCUUGAAGAUAGAGUAUUCGGCAAAUAUAUCUCGUUCUUACUAUGGGUUUUAUGGCAUCUCCUACACAGAUGAAAGUAAUGAGAAAAAGUACUUUGCAGCAACUCAGUUUGAACCCCUGGCAGCAAGAUCUGCUUUUCCUUGUUUUGAUGAACCAGCAUUUAAAGCCACAUUUAUCAUCAGGAUCAUAAGGGAUGAGCAACACACUGCUUUAUCAAAUAUGCCUAAGGUGUUUGUCGGAGGGGAGGACUCCAAGAAAUCAUCAGUCCUUAUGGAAGACGGACUCGUUCAGGAUGAGUUUUUCGAAAGUGUGAAGAUGAGCACUUACCUGGUUGCUUUUGUUGUGGGGGAGAUGAGGAACCUGAGUCAGGACAUAAAUGGAACCCUGGUUUCUAUAUAUGCUAUACCAGAAAAGAUUGGUCAAGUUCAGCAUGCCUUGGAAACAACUGUGAAGCUUCUUGAGUUUUACCAAAAUUAUUUUGAAAUUCAAUACCCACUUAAGAAACUGGAUUUGGUGGCUAUUCCUGAUUUCGAAGCAGGAGCGAUGGAAAAUUGGGGUUUGCUCACCUUUCGAGAAGAGACACUUCUGUAUGACAAUAAUACUUCUUCAGUGGCGGAUAGAAAACUGGUUACCAAAAUCAUCGCUCAUGAGCUGGCCCAUCAGUGGUUUGGUAAUCUGGUAACAAUGCAGUGGUGGAAUGAUCUGUGGCUAAAUGAAGGUUUUGCCACUUUCAUGGAGUAUUUCUCUUUGGAAAAAAUAUUUGAAGAGUUCUCCAGUUAUGAAGAUUUCUUGGAUGCUCGAUUUAAAACCAUGAAGAAAGAUUCUUUGAAUUCAUCUCAUCCGAUAUCAUCAUCUGUUCAAUCUUCAGAGCAGAUUGAAGAAAUGUUUGAUUCUCUUUCCUAUUUUAAGGGAGCUUCCCUCUUGUUGAUGCUGAAAACUUAUCUUAGUGAAGAUGUGUUUCAACAUGCUAUUGUUCUUUACCUGCAUAAUCAUAGUUAUGCAUCCAUUCAAAGUGAUGAUUUGUGGGAUAGUUUUAAUGAGGUCACAAACAAAACACUAGAUGUAAAGAAAAUGAUGAAAACCUGGACCCUGCAGAAAGGAUUUCCUUUAGUGACUGUUCAAAGAAAAGGAAAGGAACUUUUUGUACAACAAGAGAGAUUCUUAUUAAAUAUAAAACCUGAAAUUCAGCCUUCAGAUAUAAGCUAUCUGUGGCACAUUCCAUUGUCCUAUAUCACUUACGGAAAAAAUUAUUCAAAAUAUCCAUUGGUAUCAUUACUGGACAAGAAAUCAGGUGUCAUCAACCUUACAGAAGAAGUACAGUGGGUCAAAGUCAAUACGAACAUGAAUGGUUAUUAUAUUGUACACUAUGCAGAUGAGGACUGGGAAGCACUAAUCAAACAGUUGAAAAUAAAUCCUUUUGUUCUGAGUGACAAAGACCGAGCCAACCUCAUCAACAACAUCUUUGAACUGGCAGGUCUAGGUAAAGUGCCUCUUCAGAGGGCCUUUGAUUUGAUUGAUUAUCUUGGAAAUGAGACCCACACUGCACCCAUCACUGAAGCCCUGUUCCAGACGGAACUCAUAUAUAACCUCCUUGAAAAACUGGGCCACAUGGAUCUGGCCUCAAGACUGGUGACCAGGGUAUUUAAAUUGCUUCAAAACCAUAUCCAACAGCAAACUUGGACUGAUGAGGGCACCCCAUCAAUGCGAGAGCUUCGUUCAAUAUUGCUAGAAUUUGCUUGCAACCAUAAUCUAGAAAACUGCAGCACUGCUGCCAUGAAGCUGUUUGAUGACUGGAUGGUGUCCAAUGGAACUCAGAGCCUUCCUACUGAUGUCAUGACUACUGUGUUCAAAGUUGGAGCCAAAACUGAGAAAGGCUGGUUAUUUCUCUUAAGCAAGUAUAUUGUGGUAGACUCUGAAGCAGAGAAGAAUAAAAUACUUGAAGCUCUGGCCAGCUCAGAUGAUGUACAGAAACUUUACUGGUUAAUGAAAAAUAGCCUUGAUGGAGAUACCAUCCGAACACAGAAGCUGUCAUUCAUCAUUAGAACAGUGGGACAGCGCUUUCCAGGACACUUAUUGGCAUGGGAUUUUGUCAAAGAGAAAUGGAAUAGGCUUGUACAGAAGUUCCAUCUGGGGUCCUAUACCAUACAAAGUAUUGUGGCUGGAUCAACUCAUCUGUUUUCAACAAAGGCACAUUUGUCUGAGGUCCAGGCGUUCUUUGAAAACCAGUCAGAGGCAACGUUUCGGCUUCGCUGUGUCCAGGAGGCUUUGGAAGUCAUUCAGUUGAAUAUUCGAUGGAUGGAGAAGAACCUAAAAACUCUGACAUGGUGGCUGUAGUACACACAACCACACCUCAUUUUGUCAUCCAUUCAGAAAGCUUAUAAACUUGGGUCUCUGCCGCUUUUGCAAAAAGCCAAGGUGAAGCCAGAAUUGUUGCCAAGUUGUUUGCACUCUUCAGAGUUAUAGUUAGCUCAGGGCAUGUCUGUAUUUCAUGUCUGUCUUUUCUGAAGUGUCUUUGAACAGUCCGUAGUUAUUUAUUACAAAAUUAUAUUUGCCUAAAUGCCAGUCAGCUACAAAAACAAUGAAUAAUUUUUCUACUUUGAAGAUACAGAAAUGGGGGGAAGGGUGGAAUCUGGGAAUCUGUUUCAGAAAUCUGUUUUAUUUCUCAAUAUCUGGAAAGUACUGGCACAGUGAAAGGUAUGUCAUUAGAGCCACCAUCUCUGCAAGCUGCCAGUUUAUCAGCCAUUUGUUGUUUCAUGUUUAUGGAUGUUAUUUGAAUGUGGUACAAAGUUUGCUUUAAAGAAUACAGUAAGAAGACAGUGAAGCAUGCGAAUGUAAGAACUGAUCUCAGGUGUGCAGAUCUACUUUGAUUUGGGAUUUUGGUUUGUCCUUUAUUUUCUGAAAAAUGUUUAAAUAAGAUCUACAGCUAUUGUGUCUUUUUCUGCAGAAUAGCCAGGUGCUACAGAAUUUUUACAUUUUUUUUGCAUUGAAAAGCUAAAUAACAAGGCCAAAUGGUUAAAUUUUCCAAAUAUUUAACACUUUCUUUUUAAUCUUUUAUAACAUCACCACGGGAAACUGCUCCAAAAUUAGCUGACUUUAAUUGUAAUUAUUUUAUUCAUGAAUGCUGAUAUUGCCCAAAUCUGUACACCUUUAUCACUCCCUGUCAUAGAUAUGCCUUAUGUUACAGAAAGCUAUUUCUACAUUCGUGACAAGCAUUUUCUUAACAUUGGUGUCUUUCAUUGUGAUUUUUUAUCACUGUUACUAAGAAUACAAUUUGUUUAAGUUAUCUUUUGGCAUAGUAGGUCAUAGACACUUUCUCUCUGAAUCAUAACCCUGUGUGGAUUUUCAUUUUAUAUCAUAGAGUAGUAUACUAGAAGCAUAUUUUAAAAUAAGGUCUUUGAGAAAUUGAAAUUUUUUAUUUAAAGUUCACCAUGGUACCUUAAUGGAAUGAAUAGAAUGUGGGGCAAAGGUAACUUGAAUUAGGGUUUGGUAUGGUGGGCUUUGAAUUUUUUCCAAUAUCAAAAACAGUGCUUUUCUUUAAUGGGAAAUCAGUUUUUCUUUUAUUGUGGCCAAACUAACGGAGUGAAAGAAAUGGCCAAAGAAAGAAAGAAAAAUGAGGGAGAAUAUCCAAAAUUGUAUGGCAUUUUUACUCCUUCUGAAGGAGAAAUACUGUACUUGAAUUUUUUUGAGCUAUGCAGAUUUAAACCCAGAUUAUUGUGUUUGUUUGAUUUCUAGGAGAAAAAAAAAGGCUUUCUUCCUAAUAAUUCCUGAGUAGUUUAUAUUUUUUUUGAAAACAGCUUCUAUGUACAUAAAAAGGGUAGUUACCCAUUUGCAAGCGCUUAGUACCCCAUAGUCAGACAAUGGGAAAGGUCACUUUUUUUAUUCAGCAGCUGUGCAGUUAGAAUAUGUGAGACUGUAUAAAAUUAUAUUUUUUUUAUGGAAAAUAUUUUUAUAAAACAAAAUUUAAAAGGCUGGCAAACUAAAAGAUAGCCUUCUUUAACCAUAAUACAUUUCCCCCAAUUUAGGUUCUUGUAAACAACAUUUCUCUCUCUGCUUAUCCGGAGACUCACAGAAUCAUCUAAAGAUGUCUUAUUGAAACUGGGGUGAAUGUAGGUCUCUGUUCCUUUUGUGCUUCAGUAAAUGGAUGUUAAUUAGUUGAUACUGAAAGUUACUGUGUUAUUGUAUUUCUGAAGUGGUGAAUUUUGGGGGUUUCGUUGUUGUUCCUGGUUUUUUACCAUGUAUUACUAAAUUCAACUUUGAUACGGAGCUUAAAUUUUAUUAUUUCUCCAAAUCAGCUAUGAUUCUUCAAUUUUACCUGACCAUCUUGACAUUGCUCCUGUAGUAUGUGUUAAAUCUGCGUAUGGCAAAUCUUAUCCUGAAUUUUGUCAGUUUUCUCAACGUGUACACGUGUGUGUAUGUGCACACGCACGCGCAGUGUGGGAGAGGCGUCGUUCUAAGUAAAACCUUAUCAAAACACAGGCUAAAAGAGAGGUAACUCAUGACCCAUUGUGAUCUUUGUACUCAAAGGCUAUUCAUUCCCAUGCUAUCAGAUUCGUAACAUCUGAAUUGUUUUUAUAAGUUUUAGUAGGCUUUCCCUCAGUUUUUGCCAUAGAAUUUCAUAAUUUUUAAUGCUCUACUAUCCCAUCCAUAUAGGACUUCUAACAAUUAUCUCCAACUAGAAACUCAAGGUUAAAUAAUGGGUAAAAGCUUGUGGUAUAAUAAAUACAAUUGUAGCUUUCAAAGUGUUUUUUUUUUACCAAAAAAGCUUUAUCUUAGCCACGGUAUUUCUGAGAACUCAAAUAGAUUGAAGCACAAAAUUCAAAGUAUGCUUUUUUCUAUAAGCACACAGAUCUGUGACAGAAUUAAGUAGUUGUUUGGUAAAUGUUGUAUGCCUUCUAUUGCAGAGCUGUCCAUUGGAAUGUAACAUAAAAAGUACGUCAUACUAAAUUAUUAGGAAAAGUAGAACUGGAAACUGUGGAAGAAAAAUUUAUGCUUUGGACAUCUCAAGAGUUGUGAAAGUAGAAAUGGAGUGAGUCCAAUUUGUUCUGUUAAUAUCAAAUGAUUAGUUAUAUUAAACUGCAAAUAGGGUCAGUUUCCACCAUGAGCUUGUGCCUUCCUCUAUCAUAUGGUUUCAUAUAAGUCUCUUUAAAUGAAAUUGGCUUGUCACUUUUGCAGUGUUCUUGAAACCUUUACUAUCAAAGGUUUACUUCACCCUGAUUUUCUUUGCCUUAAGUGUUUUCAUUUUGUUGUACUUUAGCCACUGUCAGAAGUGUCCUGUGUAGGUAUCUAGAAAAGAAUUGCAUCAGUAUUACAGAUUACAGAACGGAAUCCUGUCUGAAUAUCAGGAAGUGAGGAAUUAAAGGUAAAUGCUGAGUUUGUUGGAUUACUGAUAACCUUUUAUUGAGGUUGAAUUUUGAAAGGGUCUACUCAAGACUAAGGUACGUGGAGCCAUAAUCUGCGAUCAGAUUUCCAAACAUCAUGUAAGCCCCUUGUGUUUCAUGGGGCUACAGGGAAGCUAUAUGCAUAUCAGAAUGCGUUGUUACUAAGGACAGCAGUUCCUGGGCUGAGUUUGCAAAACUAUGCCGAAAUUUUGUCACACAGACCUAUCUAAGAAUUGAGUCCUAAGUAUAUGAUGUAGCUCUUCUUCUCCCCUUGGCCCUUGUUACUUCUAUUUUUAUGAGUAUUUACUCUCUUUUUAAAGAAUGUCCUCCCACCCUCAUUUGUAUUUUUAAAAAACUGACAUAUGUAAAUUUUUUGACGUGUUUUGCAUUCUUGAAUUUUUGACUUUAUUUUCUGCAUGGCUGUACCAAAUGAAAAGUGGAGGUCCCAAACUAUGAAAAGUCUUCUCUUUUCCCUUUCCCUUGUUGUCUGCCUGGGCAAUAGCUCAUAGAAAAGUGAGUGAUAUGUUUGGGUGGGUCUCAGGGGGGUAUAUACUUUUUAAAUGUACAUAUGUGUUUUGCUGUUUAUAUUCUUUUUGUAUAUUUUGUCCCAACAAAAAGUGAGAUACUAUCUUAUGAAAAUCUCUUCUCCCCUUCCCAUGUUGCCUCUGUGGGCAACUGUUGGUGGAGUAGUUUAUUGGUAUCCUUUUUUGGAAGAAGGUAGUGAUGUUGAGAGUAGAGCAGUAUAUGUUCUUUUAAAAAUGUGUAUAAUGAGAUGUCUUUGCUGCUAGUUUGUGGGUAUUUCAUUUUAUACUUCAUUCAGCCUUCUUAUGGACAUGUAGUUACCUAAUGAAUCAUAGCAGCCAGAAGUAUGAUGAAUUCCAUUUACUUCUCUCCUUAUUGCCUGUGUGGACAAUAACUAAUAGAGUAGUUGCUAUUGUCUUGAUCUAGUCUUGAGGAUGGUGGGAGGAGGGAGAGUUUAUAUCAUUCUUUUAAGUGUAUAUAAAUGUUUGGCUUCUUUUUUAUAUUUUAUACUUGUUCCUUUGGAUGCACAUGUACGUGAUGAAAAUUGAGGUUCAGAGUAUGACAAAUCUUCUCUAAUCCCUUUUCCUUAUUGCCUCUUUGGGCAAUAGCUAAUAGAGUAGUUUGUUUUUUAUUGGGGGUUUGGGGUGAGUAGGGUAUGUAAGAUAUGUACUUAAUGAAUACAAAUAUAUUUGCUAUUACAUUACUGUUUCAUUUUGUACUAUGUCCUUCUCACAGACAUGGACUUGAAAGUACCUAAUGAAAUGUGGAAGUCCAAAUGUGUAACAGUCUCCUCUUUUCCCUUUCCCUUAUGGCAUGUGUGUGCAAGAGCUCAUAGAGUAGUUAUUGGAGUGACUUUUUUUUUUUUUUUUUUUUUUUUC